AUGAAGGUACUGAAAGCAUUUGAACAGGGAAACUAUGCUUUGGCCACCUUCUGUGACAUCAGUUCAAUAUCAGUGAUGGUCGGAGCAACGUGUAUAGCAUGGGUGGCGCCCAUACUCCACAUACUCCAGGGACCAGACAGUCCAGUCCCCAUGACAUCCGAUCAGACGUCCUGGAUGGUCAGUUUCAUCGAGAUCGGACCGUUUUUCACGCCCACCAUCAGCGGCAUCCUGUCUGACCGCAUCGGACGAAAGCCCUGCAUCUACUUCUCAGUUUUCCUCUAUUUAGCCUCAUGGGUUUUGAUGUUAUCGGUCUACACAGUGCCCGCGUUGUAUGCGGCAAGAACGUUGCAAGGAAUGGCGCUUGGUAUCACCUUCACAAUAGUGCCUAUGUAUCUCGGGGAAAUCGCCGAAAACCACAUCAGAGGUGCACUAACCACACUUUUCCAAACUCUGUUCCAUGUUGGGUUGUUGUUUGAGUACUGUAUAGGACCGUACUUUUCCUAUGAGACAGUGUUAUACGUUAAUGCCGCAUUAUCGGUGCUAUUUUUUGGGCUCUUCUAUUUCCAAGUAGAAUCUCCGUACUACUAUCUGAUCAAAAACAACGAAUACAAAGCGCUCUUAGCAUUAACAACACUCCGUGGCAACCAACCGGCGGUAAAAAUUGAACAGGAGUUGAGGGAAAUGAAAGCAGUAAUAGAAAAAGAAAUGUCGGGGCCGUCGAAAGUGUCUUUCAGUGACGUCUUCAAAACGAGAGCUGAUCGUAAAGCGCUGUUUUUAGUUGUGGUUAUCACUGUGACGAAAGCCUACUGCGGAUUGUUAGCUAUCCUCUCCUACGCAACUGAAGCAUUCAGAGUGAACGAUGAAGGGUCAGUUCUGGGGCCCAAUGAAUACACGAUUUUAAUAGGACUUCAAAUGGUGAUUGUCGUCGGCAUCUCAGCGAAAUUCGUAGAUUCCCUUGGUAGACGCCCAUUGAUCCUAGCAUCUUCGUUCGGGUGCUUCGUUUGUAAUGUUCUAGUCUGCGUAUACUUCUACAUGAACCAAUACUCAUCCUACGAUCUCACCAAGUAUCAUUGGUUGAUUUUCUCCUGUUUCUCUCUUUUUGCGUUUUUCUUCUCAUUCGGUCUAGGUCCCGUAGCGCUAACUCUCCAAUCAGAACUGUUCCCCACCAACACAAGAGGUAUAGCUAGCAGCUUUUGCGCGUUAAGCUUUACUGUAGCCUCUUUCUUGUGUCUGAAACUUUACCAAGUAUUCACAGACCAUUACGGCCUGUACCUCAACUAUCUGCUCUUCAGUAUUUUUUGUAUGAUCGGUUUCAUUCUCACUUUCAUAUUUCUACCUGAAACAAAGGGUAAAUCAUUUUCAGAGAUUAGAUUACAAUUGUCUGGUGGGGAGCCAACAGACGUUGAAUCAUCAGCAGCAAAAUCGUGA